AUGAGCGAUAGUUGGUCUAACGAGACGUCAGUGUACCUCCUCUUUCUGUCCAUCUCCUCCUCCUCCUCCUCCUCCUCCUCCUCCUCCUCCUUCUACUACCGCUACUGCUGCUGCUGCUACUACUACUACUACUACUACUACUACUACUACUAUUACUACUAUUACUACUACUACUACCACUACUACUACUACUACCACCAUUACUACUAA